UUGUUUAGAUCAGCCUCGGUUCCUUGGGAUCCGUGGAAAUGCGUGGCACUGUGAAGGGGGUCUGUUGCUCGGUCUGCAGACGACUUUGCUGUAAUUACUGCUGAGCAUUCGUCAUUUCAUUCUGACAAAUUCCUCCCUUUCUGUUAAUCUGGGUCGAAUGCUUUCAUUAAGAUGAAGACUUUGGCAGGUGAUCACUCGGCAGUACAUGCUUUUCCCCUCCAACUAUAACUUUUAUUAUCUCAUUUUCCUGUAGGUGGAUUGGAAUGCUUGCUCUUUACACAGUUCAUAAGGGGCGGUUUAACUGCCCUGGGGGAGGAUUGCUGCACAGCUACUUGCUUGUCCUCCUCAUUCUCCUGGCUUCUGUAAUAUGUGCAUUAUCUGCUCUUGUAUAUAUCAGUAUGCAAGGAACAAUUUCUAAUCCAGGCCCAAGAAAAUCGCUUCCCAAGCUACUUUAUACUCGCCUACUUCUCUUUUUGCCUGAAUUCAUCUGGGCUGUUGUAGGAGCUGUAUGGGUGUCAGACAGCAGUGUGCACUGUGAGAAGACUGUGAUAAAUGCCAUCAUUGGGACAGUUAUUGCAAGCUGGGUUAUCAUCAUCUUUACCAUCGUUGGAGUUGUUAUCGUCUUUGAUCCGCUUGGGGGCAAAAAGACAUUUUACCUCACCGAUAGUAUAAAUCGGAACCUGGAAAGCAGUCAGUCAGGGCAGUUGCUAUAUAAUGUGAAGAACACUGCCACCAGAGUCUGGGAAAAGAGAAUCAGGUUACUGUGUUGUUGUAUUGUGCAAGAUGAUGACCAUCGAGUGGCUUUUACAAGCAUCGCAGAGCUUUUCCGCACCUACUUUUCAGACACUGAUCUGGUGCCAAGUGACAUAGCAGCUGGUUUGAUUCUGCUCCAUCAAGAGCAAGAUAAAAUGGAAAGUUGCCCAAAAGAGCCUGAAGAAGUCCUGUGUCAUUCUCCAUCAACUCUUGUGACCGAUGAUUUGGAUGUCGAGCUGGAGAAUGCUGCUCACUAUAUGCUGUUUGCUGCAGCUGCUUAUGGCUGGCCCUACUACAUAUACACCAACCCGUUUACUGCACUUUGUAAGCUCAGUGGUGACUGUUGCGGAAAUAGACCAACAGAUUCUGAUAUAACUGGCAGUGAUCGUCAUAACUUUCACUUUGGAUCCAUCCUAAAAAUAACAGGACUGCAGUACAGAGACUUCAUUCAUAUCAGUUUUCAUAACAAGAUCUAUGAGAUCCCAUUUUUUGUUGCUUUGGAUCACAAAAAAGAAGCUAUUGUGGUUGCCGUGAGAGGAACCUUGUCUUUUGAGGACAUUCUCACCGAUCUGUCAGCAGAUUGUGAAGACUUGACACUGGAGGAUAUUCUAGAGAAUGGCUUUGUGCAUAAGGGAAUAACUCAAGCUGCAAAUUACAUCUAUCAAAAGCUGAUAAAUGAUGGAAUUUUAAACCAGGCUUUCACAAUUGCUCCAGAAUACAAACUUGUGAUAGUUGGUCACAGUUUGGGUGGUGGAACAGCUUCUUACGCCUUUUCUCCUCCGGGAGGACUUUUAAGCAAAUCACUUGCAGAUUACACUAAGCACUUCAUUGUUUCCAUCAUUGUUGGAAAGGACCUUGUUGCAAGGUUAAGUAUGCCCAACAUGGAGGAUUUAAAGAGGAGAAUACUGAGAAUUGUGGCAAACUGCAACAGGCCCAAGUACCAGAUUUUGCUGCGUGGGUGUUGGUACGAAGUAUUUGGAGGAGAUCCAGAUAACUUCCCAACUGAGCUGGAUGGUAGGAACCAAGAUGCCCUCACCCAGCCACUUCUGGCCGAGGAGAGUUUAAUGGUUCAUCGGUCACCUUCGUACAAUGCCCUUGAGGAUGAAUCACGCUUAAAUUCACCGCCUCAGUAUCCUCACCUGUAUCUUCCUGGAAAGAUUAUCCAUAUUGUAGAAGAAUCCAGCUCUAGGAGGUUGUGCUCUUCAGAUAUUAAAUACAAUGCAAGAUGGUCAAACGAAACAGUCUUCAGCAGCAUUUUGAUAAGCCCCAAGAUGGUAACAGACCACAUGCCCGAUGUUGUGCUCAAAGCACUGAACAGUUUGUCUCAAGAACACGGAUCUUGUCUGUCUUGCCCAGCACGGGAAUGUAACACCAGCGUAGCACAACCAUAGCGCUAAGAAGAGGUGUGUGGGGUUUGGUUUUUGGUGUUUUUUUUAAAUGCAGGGUUCAAGCGUUCCGGACACAGUCAUGCCACUGUCAUAGGGAAGUGGGUUUCACUUUUCUCACGUUGCAUAAAAUAAACAAGGGUCCUGACGCCCUUGCCUCUGCAGCGCCCACGAGUACCAUUUUGCUGGUUAAAGCACGGAUUCUGCAUUCAUGCUGAAGGUUGAGCUUCUGCAAAAUGGACCGGUAGGACAAGAUCUAGCCAAGCUGGCGCAGGAGAGCCGAGGCGUCAGCUGACUGCGUGACCAAAGUGAGUGUGUGUGGGGGCAGCGGGGCCUGCGCGUUACAGCAGAGCGCUGUCAGACCUUAAACAAAUAAUAAUAAAAAAAAAGCAGUUCUGCUUCCGAGGCAUUUCAGGCCAUGGGCUCAGGCCCCCCAUCCCCCGACCUUUGCACGGUGACCACGUGCUGCGGUGUGCAAGGGCUGCACCGGCUUCACAGCUGGAGGGGGGGAAGCCGGGGGCUGCCUGGGCCCACUCGUACUGGGCAGCCCUGAGCGAUUGCACUGAUUUUUUUUCUUACAGCCUGCAGUGGUACCCCCAGGGCAGGGGGAGCGGUGUGGGUAAAUGCUGCUUGGAGAUACACGUGCAAUAUUCUUCAAUCUACCUGGCUUUUGUAUUUGUUGAGCCACAUGACUACUUUUAUUGAUUUUAAACUGAACUAAAACUGCUUUAUGAGGAGGAAAAAAAAAAAAACCAAACCACUGUUGCUGCCCUGUCAUCAUCUUGGUCCCUAGAGCAGCCAUCCCAAUUCUGCCAAAAAAAAAAAAAAUAUAACCAGUUGUACUGACUUUAAAAAGUGGAUUCUUUGGUUCAACUGUGCAACUAUUUUAACUUUUUUUUUUUAAGGCUCAGCAGCAUUUCUUGUUAAAAAAAAUGAUAGAAAUAAGUAAAAGUAAUAUGAUGUGAUUGAGAAUAACUGUGGAUGUCCUUGCUGUGAUACUUACCAUGGAGACAAAAUAAAAUGUGCUCUACAAGGCGGUCCUGUGGUGUCCAGGUAUGCUGGAGGGGGAGGGACGUCGCUGGUUUACAGCUGCUGAAAUUGCUGGCAGCUGCAGGGCAAGGGGAAGGCUGCAGCAAGCAUGAAGGCCCAGCACCUGUCCCUCCUCAAGCAGGCAGCAGUGGCACAGCUGUGAAUUUAAGGGGCUAAAAUCUAAGGUGCUUACACACAAAGCCAUCAUUUUAUAAACCGUUACAGUAACAGGUUUAGAGGAAAAAUGCUUUUGUUUGCAUGCAGUAGAGUGAAACAGGUGCUUCUUCCCCCCCCGCUGUCAGCAGCAGGCGCAAGAACAAAUGCUGCUGCUCGCUGAGCACUCGGGCGGCGUGGUACAGGAAGGAGAACACUUGCUCAGAAACUCAAACGUUACCACACACGUGAUUCAAGGAUUUAUUAAGUCAUACAUGCAAAACAUACUGCUAAUUGCAUUAGCAAAAGAUCAAUGUAAAAACUUCACAAUUUUGCAACUUUUAUUUUUCAGUUUUGCUUUAGUGGUUGAAAGGGUGUAGUUCAACAUCGUAUUCCUGCCAGUUCAGGCUGUACAGAACAUGAGCACUAAUUUACAGAACCUCACAGACCCAAGUUACCAUUACUCAAUCUAUGCUGCACAUGUACACGUAGUGACAUAAAGAACUCUUGUCUGCAUUAGUAACAUUACAGUGGUGAGGACAUCUGGCAAAUAGUGUGACGUUUGAGAAGGUUCAUAGAGAGGUUUAAAAUAUAAAAAUUACUAAAAUGUGUAAAGCUGCUUCACAUGAUUUUUACACCUAGUUAAUAGACUAAAAGCUCAGAAAGCAAAUGCCUUACGGGGUCAGAAAUAACAGAACAAUAAGGAGGAUAUGCUUGAACAUUCUACUCAAAAAAAAAAAAAGCAAAUUUCUAUCUGAAAGGUUUUAAAA